CGCUGUAUUAUUUGUUCUGCACCACUCGGUAUCCACAUUCUUCCUGUAAAACAACAAUGCAUUAUAUCUAACGAGUCUAAAAAUACAUAUCAAAUUCCAAGAUGAAGAAUUACUGUAAUCGAUGGAAAUGCACGGUUUUCACACUGUUCGUUCCUCUGACGCUGGUAGGAUGGAUCGGGUACGCCGGUAUAUAUUCCAGUGCAUUGUCACAUCAAUGGACAUCUUUAGUCGUCGGAGCUGGAAUGUCAUGGAUUCAAACAAGUGAGACCACAACGUCAACUACACGAUUACAGAUUGUCACCCACACGAACAUCUCCGCAAAUGGCUCGGAGGUUAUUGGUGAAAGAAGUGAAUCAAGUAAGAACACAACAGCAACUACAAGACUACAGAUUGCUACCCACACGAACAUGUCCGCAAAUGGCACGGAGGUUAUUGGUAGAAGUAAAUUAAG